AAUUGGAAUGACCGAUGGAGUGACGGAUGGCAUGGUCGGCGAUUGGGAUCUGGAAUCUUGAUAGAUGACUGCUCCGGCGGCUAAUCGAGAGGCAGGUACAGCAUUCGAGCUUCAUCCGAUCAUGCUGUACGCUGCGUACGAUGGUGUCAGUCAGAUGGCAAGUGGUCCAUGUCUCUUGGUGCUCAAUACUGUCAGAGUCCAGACCGACGCCCAUAUGAUCGCCGACUUCCAGCCUCCUUGACGCCGGCACUCAGGUUCACUCAGCAAUGUGCCGCUCGGAGAUGUCAUCUGGUCGAAGAUGUCCAAGGAAUUGCGCGCUCAAAUCUCCGAGCUGCGGGUGCAACAUCCACGUUGAGAUGGUAAGACGGAAGGGUGCAGGAUAUCAACGUAUGUACUUCUGUUCACGUUCGAUCGUGUGUGGCAGAAGCAUCGCCGUUGACCCAGUGACCUGGUUCGAGAGUCCUGAGACAUUGUACCUGCAUUAGUGGCUC